AUGAUGGCGGCCGAAAAGGACGAUGGUUAUGUCUUCCAGCGCACUGCCAACGCGACCUCGAGGCUUCACUAUCAGUAUUAUCUCUGGCAAGACACGUAUCGAUUUCACCUGCACCCAGACAUCCCGCCACUGGCUCCAGAUGCGCGCAUUGCGGAUGUCGCAACAGGCACCGGAAUCUGGCUCUCCGACCUCUCUCGCCAGCUGCCCCCUACCGCGCAGCUUCAUGGCCUCGACAUCAGCCUGGCCCAGCUCCCCCCUCGGAACCUAGCCUCUCCCAACGCCACCUACCACGAGUGGGACUUCUUCACCCCGCCCCCGCCCGAGCUCCUGGGCUCCUUCGACGUAGUGCACAUGCGCCUCGUCGCCGUCGUCGUCAAGGACAUGCAGCCGGGCCGCAUCCUCGCCAACGUCGCCCAGCUGCUCAAGCCCGGCGGCUACCUGCAGUGGGAGGAGCACUACACCGCCGAGGCCAGGGUCGUGCACGGCUCCGGGGGGAGGCUGCCGCCCGCCGGCGAGUUCCCGGGGGUGGACCGCCUGUGCCGCCUCAUGUCCGAGCAGCUCAGCACGUCCGACGGGUCGAAGCUGCUGCUCGGCUCCCGGGACUGGCUGACCGCGCUGGACCGGACGAUGGAGGAGGGGGGAUUCGAGGAGGUGCGGAGGGUUGUCUACCCUGACUCGCCUCUCAUGGGCAUGUUUUGGAAUGAUGUCUAUGUGUCGUCGGUCGAGGAGUUUGCGCUGCAGAUGUUGAAAGUGGAUCCGGAACUGGGAAAGGAGCUCCAGGAGAUGAUCGGGCGGAUUGAGGAGGAGAAGCGGCAAGGGGCGUGGCUUUCAAACCCCAAGGCCGUCUUCCUUGGCAGGCGAAAGGCGUAG